CGUGUCCGCCUCCGCGAGACUGCGCGCGGUGCGGAGAGCGAGGCACCGGCGGGCAGCUGAAGCUGAGGAGCCGCCAGUCGGAGCUCGCAGGGACUAGAGGCCGGUCAGCUACAUGCGUACGGCGCUGAUAUCGCUCACAAGAUGCUGAAUGCAGCCUUGUUAUCUGUCUGUGCGGUCGUCGCCAGUCAAUUGCUCGGAGUAGCAUGCAGGUCGGACGGAGGAAAUUUCCUGGAUGAUAAAUGGCUCACUGGACGCUGGGAUAAAUUUCGAGACGAACCUGGAACAUGGAACCCUGGCAAACCAUUCGAUCAAGCUCUGGAUCCCGCCAAGGAUCCCUGCCAGAAGGUGAAGUGCGGUCGGCACAAGGUGUGCGUAGCUCAGGACUACCAAUCUGCAAGCUGCAUAAGUCAAAGACGGAUGAGUUUCAAGGAUGUGGGACUUUCCCAAAACCCUCUGUUUUCAAAAUGCAAGCAGUGUCCAGUUGUACAUCCAUCCCCAGUUUGUGGAGCCGAUGGGCACACCUAUUCCACAAAGUGCAAACUGGAGUACCAGGCCUGCAUCUCGGGCAAGCAGAUCUCCGUGAAGUGUACAGGGCAGUGCCCAUGCCAGACCAACAAGUCAAAGACCAGAGCAGAGAAAAAAGUUUGUAGUGAGGUGGAGCUGAAGGAGGCGGUCAGCCGGCUCAGGGACUGGUUUAAAGUGCUACACGAGAACGGCAACCAGAAUAGGAAAGUGCAGGUCCAAAGGCUGGAGAGGAGCCGAUUCGACACAAGCAUUUUGCCAAUUUGCAAGGACUCCCUGGGCUGGAUGUUCAGCAGAUUAGACACAAAUUAUGACCUCCUGCUGGAUCAGUCUGAGCUCAGUAGUCUUUACCUGGACAAAAAUGAGCAUUGCAUCAAGUCUUUCUUCAUUUCCUGCGACACAUAUGGCGAUGGGCUGAUCUCCAACAACGAGUGGUGCUCCUGCUUUCAGAGGCAUGAAGAACCACCGUGCCAAUCAGAGCUGUCCAGCAUCACCACACAGCAAGCCGGCAAGAAGCUGCUGGGGUUGUAUAUCCCUUCUUGCGAUGAAGAUGGGUAUUUUAAGCCACACCAGUGCCAUGGGAGCAGCGGUCAAUGCUGGUGUGUGGAUAGAUAUGGAAAUGAAUUAGCUAGGUCAAGGACAGCUGGGCCUGCAGACUGCGGUGUAGAGUCGUCCGGGGACCUCGGCAGCGGAGACCCGCAUGAAUUCUCCGACGACGAGGACGACAAGGGCCAGGUUCUGAACGACGAAGAUGAGAUGGUGGACGACGACGAGGAUGAGGGCGACGACGAAGUCGACGAUGAAGGAUACGUGUCGUAGUCCCUGAAAUCCACAGAUGUAUUUCUGGUCAAAUUGCACGCUUCUAGGUAAUGUCCCCGACAAAUUACUUACCAAACUAACAGAAUGUGUAUGAUGUGAACUGAUACAAAUGACAAAAGGCAGAGAUUUUUUUUUUUUUUUUUUUGCCUGUUCUUUUUUUGUCCUUGACAACAAGGAUCCUAUGUCUGCUUGUCCCUUUGUAGCAAGUUCAAUAAGCCGGUGGUUAAAUACAGGACUGCUGGAUACCAGUGCAGUUCUAUUUUACUUAAAUGAAUUUCAUUGCUUUGACCAUAGCCAGCUGUGAAGCAGAGAGACUACUUAUGAUACCAUUAUUGGCAGCAUAUUUUGCUGUUUCAUUGUUUCGUUUUUGUUUUUUGUUCUUUGUUUUGUUUUUUAAUAAAUAGCCGUGGCUGUAAAACUCAAACGCAGGUGGACAAAUGAGAAAAAUGCACUUUUUUGCUUGUUUGUGUAACGUCCAACAAGACCGUGUGCAUGACUGCAAUGUAAAUACACAAAAAUAUGACACACACACGCACACAAACGCGCAGACACACGCACACACACGCAAAACUCAGUAUUUCAUUUCUAACAAUAUUUUAGUCGGGUGGAACGUUGACUUUCCUUGUGACAAAAAGAAGAUUGCCAAUGAAUCACGAGUAUUUUCAAAAUUCGUAUAUUGAUGAAAUAUUCAAAGGAAUCGAGCUGUGAGAGAGUACAGAAUAAUCGAGAAUUAUCUAUUUUUCUAUCGUAUUGUUUUAAGACUUUCACCGAAAGCUAACGUCUGCUCCACUUUCUAUCGUACUGCAAAUGUCCUUUUAACCUGCCACAGAAAUGAAUAUUUUUACAAUUUCAGUCCAAAGUAUGUAUACACGUGGCUUCUUCAUAAGGACACUGAGGGCGGUGUUUUCCUGUAGAAAGUGCUGAGUGUCUUUAAAAACGAGAGCAUUGAGGGGAGAGCAUGUCCAUCACGUUACUGCAUGCCCUGCAAUCAAUAGUGAAAAGCUAAUUAAUUUGGACCCUUAUUCUGCUGUCCGUUUUAUCUCGCUUUGAUUCUGCUGGGCUCCAGGCUGGUUUUAUCCAGACCGACAAAGUUAAUGAUGAAAACCCCCUUUUAUAUGUGUAUAUGUAAACUGAAACGUCAUCCUCAUCCCAAUGAAUGUUAGCGUUCUUUUCAGUGUGGUCAAGCAUCAUGUACCAAGUGUCAUAAUUCAGACUGAUGUGGUAGGGUACAUUGCAAUGAUGAUGAGGGUCUGAUCGAUUUAACUGGAACUAGAACUGAAGGCUGUACGAUAUUGUCGUUUAUGCAACGUUUUUAUCUUUAAAGAAGUGGAAACAGACAAGAAAAGAAUAAUGCUGUUCAAGUUGUCUUAUUACAUAGUGUCAAAUACUGUGGACUCCUUUGUACAGUAGAAUCAGUAAGGAGGAUUACGUCCAAUGUACAGUAGUAGUCACAAUAGUAAAUGCAGAUAAACCUGUUGCAGGUCAGUGUGUUUUUGUGAAACGAAAGGCACACAGGAUGCGUGAUGAUUUGACUGGUGAGAUCGGUUUGGCGGCGAAAUUAGCCUUCAGUACCAUCAAUUCCGAGAGUAGCUAUGUGGAAAUGCAAAAGUUUGCGUGCCGUAAAACCUGUCACACUGUCCUCUCCGGCAUGAUUUCAGAUGACUUACAAUAGGAAAACUGUUGAAAAGAAACGAAAUGGCAUGUUUUCACAGGGGGAGGGUGUGUGCAGGAACUGGCACAGCUGUUGACACAUAUUUAAUGGAUUUAGAAGAACACUUUAUGUGAAAUAAAUUGUUAAAAAUAUCAGCCGAAAAGGUAAUAUACUGUAUAGCACUUCAGCAUAAACCAGUGAGACAAGCGUGUUUAGUUCUAUAAAGCCAUUGUUUAACCAUUUGCUUAAAUUCCUGGAAGUUGUUUUCACAAAUGCUUUUAUUCCACAGUAUGUUUCCUGAUGCAGAUCAGAAAAUGGAAAAUGUAUAUUGCCGCAUUACUUAUAAAUGUAUGUAAUGACUUUAUUUGGGUAUCUUUUGAAAUAUAGCAAACGUACAUAUAAACGCAUUUGUACAUGUUUGUAGACUAACGAUAUGAGUUUACCUCUUUGUUCAUUCUUCAGAGGCUAGAAUGUGCCUUUUUAUUAUUGCAGUAGAUAGAGAUAUAGAAGGUUAAGCAUGCAUUACGAGGCAAAAAACAUAGAAAAACAGUAGACUAGAGGAGCACACAGUCCUUUGUAAAAGGGAUUCAGAUAUUUACUGCUGCUGGAUAAAGACAUGUUUCCUUUUCUUUAUACAUUGUUUAUAAAGUAUGUAUACAUUGAUUAGGUAGCAUAAUGAUACCCGUGCGUCUAUGUAAUACUUUAUUUUCUUUCUUAUUGUCUUUCGUUUUUUUGUUUUUUUAAUAUAACCGAACAUUACACAGUAUUGAGUGAGUAUAUAACAUGUUCUGUAACAUGGGCUUUCCCCUUCUCCAUUCCUUCAUCCAUAAAUAAACGAUGGGAAAAAAGAACAUCUUUUGUCGAUUCAAAUAUAAAUGUUGUUUUAGAGAUAAAAUGCAUUUUUACGGUGUAUGUAUGAUUUGCCUAAAUAAAAAUUAUAUUGGUGAAA